GACCGAAAUGAUCGGAUGGUGAAAUCCUGUGUAACCGUGAUUGACUUAGCGUUUGUUUGACCAUAGACAUGGUUUAACGUACCGCCCAGUACUUAAUCAGGUUGACAUAAGUCGUCUGUAGCUUUGACUGUUUUCUUCACUAAGAGAAUCUGAAGAGACAGCAUGAGAAUUGCUCAGUUUAAAGAUAAAGUUGAGAAGAUUGUUACAAGAAAAGCAGCUACAAGCAGUAAUCCUGUACAUGAUGAUAAUGAGACUGAAACUAAGCGGCGAUAUAAUCUCAGGAAAAGAAAAUUGCAGGACGAGAAAGAUCAUUGUCCUUCGAAUACUAAUAAAAAUCGACGAAUAAUUUGGCUACACAAUGAUGGGCCAACAAAAGUUUCAAAAUUGAAAACAAAUACAUUGAGAAGAAGUAAAAGAGGGGCUACCAAAAGGACGUUUUCAACAGAACAAGCCGAUGAAAAAAAAUCAUCACAUAAAAAACAAAAAUGGAAUCCGGGGAAAAGAAUUCCAACAAAGUCUCUCAAAAGAAAGAUUCAAUCCUCCAUGAACACAAUUUCUAACAGCCGCAAAAAAGCAAAAACACUCCCAACGUUCAAUAAAAAGUCUGGAAUAUCUACAUCUGUCAAUAUGAAGAAAGCCCCCUCUUUAGCGAUGAAAGAAACAAAGUCAUCAUCAACGUUAGCUCCUGCAGUAAAAGGAAGAGUACGCGCUUCUCCUAAUAUAAAAGGAAAUCAAGAGGGUUCACGGAAAACAAACCCGUCUCCUCAAAAAAAGAGAAAAGCAGCUCGAGUGAAGAGGUCGACUCCUGAGAAAAAAUUGCAAAUUAGAACCCAGCGAUCAAAGAAAGAAAGAUGUUGUAAAGAGUUGCCAGGGAUGUUUGCGAAAAUGUUUCUGAAGAAAUUAGAUCUAGUAUCAUGCAUUAAGGGCAUGGAUGAAAAUAACUAUUCGCAAAUACCUGGAAUAAGCGUUACUCACGAUAACCUUGUAUGGGUGAACCAUCUGCAGAAUAAAAAAGAGGUGAAACUAUACAAUUCUGCUGGGGAGCUUCUUAGAUCUUUUGAUUUAGACUACUAUCCAGUUUUCAAUUCUUGCAUGCCAAAUGGCGAUCUGCUGGUGACACGAAUCCACACUGUCGGGGCCAAACCUAUCGUGGAAUUAUUUUCUCGGGAAGGAAAGACAAGAAUGCUUGCAGAUCUUUCUACACACACCGAAAAACUGAGUGGAAUUAUUUAUCAGGACGAGAGAAUAUACGUCAUAGGUCACAGCUGCUACAAGUCCAGCAUUCUUAAACUUGACAUGAACGGAGAAGUAGAGGAAGUCUUUGAACCAAAACCUGAAUGCAUUACGAUAGAGCAUAUCAUUUCUCAAAAUGGUCAAAUCUUUGCCCUGAAAAAUGACAUUUUCUCCAUGCAUCUGCUGGGUUCUGAUAAAAUUUCAUCUGAGGCUAUUAACAAAGUAGUGGUUGACAAAUCAUAUUCAGCAAGUGCGUCUGUUGACAACUUUGGAAACAUUAUUAUCGGAGUACACUCACCGGGUCCUAAGAUUGUCAUAAUCGAUCCAAGGCUAGAGCGUAAGCACGAGAUACGUUGUGAUUUCUCAGAGAGGAUCCGCUCCACAGCUGUCGACAAACAAAACCAUCUCUGGAUUGGAACUGAUGAUGGACAUUUGUACAUAGCAAAAUAUCUUAAAUAAGGACCUUUAUUUUAAUGGCAAGAUUAAUAAAAUAGAAACAA